UUUAUAUGAAACCCUGAAGAUACCAGCAAAGAAAUCUUGCUCAUUUCCUACCUAUGGUACCCUAUCAAAAGCAACAAAAGAAGCUUAAUACCUCCAAUCAUAAAAAGUUUGAUCAUAUAGUUCUACUGUAACAUCAGAGUUUUACAUAAUAAAGUGGACAUUCCAUAAACAAAAAAGCAAGAUCCCAAUUUUAGAUACUAAGAUCUAAUUUACUACAAAUGAACCAAUGGAUUUCUUUCCCAAAUAGAUUUUCUAAUAUUACAAAUAAUUAAAAUUGGGGAAAAAAAAUCUCAAAACAGGGUUUGUGAAUUCAGGGAUGUGUGCAGCUCAUAUUCCUGAAACUUUUAUCCCAUACCUGACUCCUUUGAUCAUAAGUAAACAUUACUGUUUUUAUCAGUUAGCAGCUAAGCUUCACCUCUAGUGUCUGCCACCAAGCCCAGCUUAGUGAUGAUGAGUAAGCUAGCAGCUCUCUGCUAGUAAGUCCUUGACUAUUCCCUUGUCUCAGUUUCUUGCUGUUUAGACAUUUAAGCAUAUUAAAACCUGAUUAAUUCAACUUCUUAACUACCAAACAGUGAGUUUAGGGUUUUAUGCUGAGGAGGUCAGCUUUCCCUUUUGCUACCAGUGCACCCCCUGAUGCAAAAAUGAGAAAUUUUUGUGAAGGGCAGCUCCUUGCCAAAGGCAGUUUGAAUUUUUCUGAAAUCACCACCUAGACAUGUGGCUCUCAAAGUUGUUCAGAGUCAUAAUCAACAGUAAAAACACAUUUAAUGUUGCCAUAGUUCACACAUACACAAAUUACAAGUUUCACAAAACAAUAUUUACUGUAAACAACAUGUGAUCCAUACCUGUAUUUACUAUUCUUACUUUUUAUGGUUUGUUUUUGCUGUCCUGUGGCUUUAUUUUUCCUGAGACACUCAAGGGGAUGUGGGAACAGCACAGGUGUGCUGAGGGGAUGUCCCCAUUUCCCCUCCGGGUCCAGCCAUUUUGGUCCCUGGGCCCGGAGGGGGUGGGGAAGGGCUGAGGAUGGAGUCCCUGGGAAUGGGCUGGUCCCUAGGCCAGGUUUGGGAUUCUUCAUAAAAAGCCACGAAGCUGGAUACUCAGGAAGCCCAGUCCUCUGGAUAUGGGGGUCGCGGAGCCCAGAAGGGAUCCUGCCUGGUCUGUGGGGGGUGAUAAUGGCAGAGAUGGUAUCCCCGGGGAGGAGUCUGGGACAAAGCAUCGGACCAGGAGAGGGAAUGCUGUGGAGGUGGGCGCAGGCAGGGCGGAGAGUUAUGUCCCCAGGCCAGCCCAGGUGCCUUUGCAUGGUGUCAGCAACCCUUGUUGAGAGUGACAGGAGGGCGCAAGUGUCCUCGGUACUGGGUGUACAGUACCAGCAGAUCCGCCACUUACAGCCUGGUCUGGGCCUCAGGGAUGUAGAUUUCAAUGCUGUCAGCACUCUCUGUGGCCAACUGUGCGGAAGGAGACAGCGCACUUGGCGGACAGGAGCUGCUUCUCACCACCUGCCGCUACAUGUGCACUCGCACAGCCUGUCCCCGCGAAGCCUUCUUUGGUUUCACUGGAGGGACCUUCUCAUUCUCCUUAGACUCCAAGAGUUUCCACCUCCUGGCAUUGAGCUGCUGUAGGUCCAGGAACUUGAGAGUCACAUCCCUGAUGGAAAGCUAUAGAAGGUCCUAAAAAUGCACCAGUUUCUGGAAGGUGGGGAAACCAGUGGAGUCCAUGCUGUCCUGAUACAGCUGAAAGAACUGGUGAACCUUCUGGGACAGAAGUUGUGUGCUGCCCAUGGCACUGCGGAUCUUCUCCGGAACAUCCUCAGGCAGCUUGAUGCCUUUGCCUCGCGCUCCCCCUGCUGGCACCAGAGCUCUGGCUCCUCCGAGCCCUAGCUUCUCCAUCUCUGCCGGCAGCAUUGUGAUGAUCCAUUCGCCCUCCAGUGGGCAGAACUGUGCUCCAUCCAAGGUCAGGGCCGGAUGAUGCAUUGGUGGCCAACGAUUAUUUUGGUAGUGAGUAACCUUCAUGGAAGGCCCACUCGCCCUGAGUGUGGAUUGUGUGGAAGACUGAGUAGGUGGGGGCCUGGGCUGCAGCUCAGAGGUUGCCUCUGCAAGGAGCCUCAGAACUGUGGGGCCUUGUCUUCUGAGGCUCUCCAGGUCUGCCUGCAUGCUGGCUGUCACACUAUUGGAGCUCUUGAGCUUUGCCAGCCUCUUGUUCUCUUCCUUCUGAACACCAAUGGAGUAGAACUCCCUUUAGCUUCUGUUGUCUGUGUCUGAGUUUGAGAUAGUCUCCAUCUGCCCCCCCCCAAUGGACAGCCACCACUUACGCUGCUGUGCCAGACACUGCAGCUCCUCCCUGCGAGGGAUGGUCUUGAGGAGGAGCAGGGGUAGCUUGAGACUGGCUUCAGGGUGGGACCAUUGCUAACUUCAGGGUGUGCAGAGCCCAUGGCAGGGUCGUCCAGCUGUUCUAUUUUUUAAAUGCCCACAGCAAACCACUAAAUUGAUACCACUACUAUUGGGUUACAGUCUGCAGUUUGAGAAACAUUGAGUUAGAUCGGUGCUGCUCACAUUUUGAUGGGCCUCUUUAAUGGAAUUCUGAUUGAAAUGCAGAUUCUGAUUCAUUAGGCCUAGGGUGAGGCCCUGAGGUGGUUUGAAACUGUAUGUAUCCAGAAAAACAUGUUCUUAAAUUUAAUCAAUUCCUGUGGAUGUGGACACCUUAUAAGAAAGAUCUUGUGAUGAGGCUACUUUAGUGAAGGUGUGACUCAUCUCAUUCAGGAUGGGACUUAUUCCUAUUCCUGGAGUCGUUUAUAAAUGGAAUGAAUACAGAGAGAGAGAAAGAGAGAAAGUGACAAAAGCAAGAUGCUGAAAUGAACGAAACCUGGAAAAGAAGAGAGAGACCUGUAGACGCCAACAUGUGUCUUGCCGUGUGACAGAAGAGCCGGUGGUCACCAGCAGCCAGUCUUCGGGAAGAAAGCAUCUCCUUGAAUUGGGCAUUUUCUUGACCUCAAACUGAGCCUUCUCUGUGUGAAAAGGAGGCCUUGCCUGUGUCUGAGAGCUGCUUCAAGCUCCUUGGAUCCUCGGAUGACCUGUCUGCUGACUCAGAGAGCUGUCUCACGGAAGAGCGUGCCCAGCUCUCGCCCCAGCAGGGCUUCAGGAGGCGAGCAAACACCCUGAGUCACCUCCCCCUGGAAUGCCAGGAACCUCCGGAACCUGCGGAGGGGUCUCCAGGGGUCUCGCAAAGGAAACUUAUGAGGUAUCACUCAGUGAGCACAGAGACGCCUCACGAGCGAAAUGUGAAUCAUCCACCUGUUGGCAAGUCUAAAAGUUGCUCAGGUCAGUCUUCAGCUCCUGCUCCUCCACCUCGUCUUAAUCCCUCCGCCUCCUCGCCAAAUUUUUUAAAGUACCUAAAACAUAAUUCAAGUGGAGAACAAAGUGGGAAUGCUGUGCCAAAGAGCGUCUCCUACCGUAAUGCCCUGCGGAAAAAACUUCAUUCUUCUUCCUCUGUGCCAAAUUUUCUAAAAUUUCUGGCUCCUGUAGAUGAAAAUAACACCUCUGACUUUAUGAAAACAAAAAGGGACUUUGAGUCCAAAGCCAGCCAUGCAGGGGAUACAACCCCUGUGAAGACGCGGAGGCAUUCGUGGAGACAGCAGAUCUUUCUCCGUGUGGCAACCCCUCAGAAAACAUGUGAUUCUCCUAACAGAUACGAAGAUUAUUCAGAGCUGGGAGAACUUCCCCCAAGAUCUCCUUUAGAACCAGUUUGUGAAGAUGGAUCCUUUGGCCCUGUACCAGAGGAAAAGAAAAGGACAUCUUGCGAGCUUCGAGAGCUAUGGCAAAAGGCUAUUCUACAACAGAUACUGCUCCUCAGAAUGGAGAAGGAAAAUCAGAAGCUACAAGCCUCUGAAAAUGAUUUGCUGAAUAAGCGCCUGAAGCUUGACUAUGAAGAAAUCACUCCUUGUCUUAAAGAAGUAACUACAGUGUGGGAAAAGAUGCUCAGCACUCCAGGAAGAUCAAAAAUUAAAUUUGACAUGGAAAAAAUGCAUUCUGCUGUUGGGCAAGGUGUGCCACGUCAUCACCGCGGUGAAAUCUGGAAAUUCCUCGCUGAGCAAUACCACCUUAGACAUCAGUUUCCCAGUAAACAGCAGCCAAAGGACACCCCAUACAAAGAACUGUUGAAACAGCUAACUUCCCAGCAGCACGCAAUUCUUAUUGACCUUGGGCGAACCUUUCCAACACAUCCGUACUUCUCUGCCCAGCUUGGAGCAGGGCAGCUGUCACUUUACAACAUUUUGAAGGCCUACUCGCUUCUAGACCAGGAAGUAGGAUAUUGCCAAGGUCUCAGCUUUGUGGCAGGUGUUUUGCUGCUUCAUAUGAGUGAGGAGGAGGCAUUUAAAAUGCUCAAAUUUCUGAUGUUUGACAUGGGCCUGAGGAAACAGUAUCGGCCGGACAUGAUUAUUUUACAGAUCCAGAUGUACCAGCUCUCGAGGCUUCUUCACGACUACCACCGCGACCUCUACAACCACCUAGAGGAACAUGAGAUUGGCCCCAGCCUCUAUGCCGCCCCCUGGUUUCUUACAGUAUUUGCCUCACAGUUUCCACUGGGAUUUGUAGCCAGAGUCUUUGAUAUGAUCUUUCUUCAGGGAUCAGAGGUCAUAUUCAAAGUGGCUUUAGGUCUGCUGGGAAGCCAUAAGCCCUUGAUUCUGCAGCAUGAAAACCUAGAAACCAUAGUUGACUUUAUAAAAAAUACACUACCAAACCUGGGCUUGGUGCAAAUGGAAAAGACCAUCAAUCAGGUGUUUGAGAUGGACAUCUCUAAACAGUUACAAGCUUAUGAAGUUGAGUACCACGUACUUCAAGAAGAACUUAUUGAUUCCUCUCCUCUCAGUGACAACCAAAGAAUGGAUAAAUUAGAGAAAACCAACAGCAGCUUACGCAAACAGAACCUUGACCUCCUUGAACAAUUGCAGGUGGCAAAUGGUAGGAUCCAAAGCCUAGAAGCCACAGUUGAGAAGCUUCUGACCAGCGAAAGCAAGCGGAGGCAGGCCACCCUUGCUCUAGAGCUGGAGCGGUCAGCCCUGCUGCAGAUGGUGGAGGAGCUUCGGAGGCAGACUGCAGAGCUGAGCAGUGCAGAGACUGACCUUGCUCAGUCCAGGCCCACGGGUGACUGACAGCUCAGGGAGAGUGUCCCGCCAGAGCACCCCUCCGGAGGAGAGAUUGCUGCACCAUGCAAACACUGACCAAGCCUUAACUGAGAGAGACAGAAGAUGCUGGAAGAGGAGAAUGAAACGUGAAGUGUGCUUCUCAGGGAGGAAACUGGCUUGCCAGCAUGCGAAUUCUCAACUAAAACUUGCAAUUCAAGGGGGCGAAUGUUCCUCUGGGUUUGUUGUUGUUUUAGGUCCUAAUUUGUCCCUUCUCUGGACAUGUUUCCUGUAUUCAUUAGAUUUAGAUGCCUUGGACAUGAAUAAAUGCACCUUUGUGUUUCCUUGUUGCCUUUUUCAGUACCAACAUGUUUGUAAAGAACGUUCAUGAUUUUGUGGAAUUUCAAAAGCCAAAAGGGAUCUAGAUUGUUCCACUGGCUAAGGUGUGAGGUCUGUCACUCUUUCAAAGAUCGUUUAUGUGACUAGGCUUGCCAUGUCACUGGCGGAGAGCAGAUGGCCCUCGUGCGUUCUUGUUUCGGAAGCCUAAGUUGACCACUAGGAAGGAUUGAAAGUGAUUUAUUUAAAUUGGAUGUCUUGAAUUUGAUCACUAUCCUUGGUAUUUAAGGGGGUCGUCUUUAAAAAAAAAAAGUGUUUUCAUGCAUAUUUGCUUACCUCUAGUAUUGUUGAUCAAAGCAAUGGUAAAUAUUUUGUGGGAAAAUCACCAUUUUUUAUUCUCCACAAGAUAGUGCCAGUGUGUGGUCUGCAGUUGUGGAGUCUGAUAUUUAUACCUUUGUUUUAGUUUCAUACACCUGUUACGGAGUCGUGUAUUUAUUUUUGCUCAUGGUAUGAUGUUAUAAAGUCAAGUGUCUCUUUGAGUCUCCACCCCUUGGAAAUCAGUUUCCUUGCAGGAACAGAGCACUUCAAGAGUUUCACGGGUGCCUGAGAUGCUGGGACUUUUCAGAAUAGAUCAGGCUGAAAAUUGCAAUCAGAUAUAUGGCAAUUGACAGCAGUUUUUCAGAGAUUGGGUGUUUUGAACAUAACUCUCAACACAGUGACCCCGGCUCAGGAUGGUGGGGACCCUGUGCCUUCAGCAAGAGAAAGGCUGCCCACGGCUGCCUGCUUCCAUUUUGUCACCACAUGAGGCCUCUAUAUGAGCUCUUUUAGAAUAGGUUUUUCUCUUAAAAAGGCACUUGUGAGUGAGGGCAUGUAUCACUUCCUUGGCAGCAGAAUCAUUCCUGGUCUUUACUUUUAUAAUUGUAACCACUUCUAUUCCAGAAGAGGUUUCUUUCACCUCUCUCAGUGGUAAAGUCUUUUUGAGCCUGGGGUGAAUGGAAGGAUUGCCAUAUUUGGAGUCAUCAUAACCUCCCGCUCCAGGCAUUUCAAAGGGAGACACAAGUGCUGCCCCCAGUGCCUAAAUAGUUGUUUGGUUUCACCAGAUAGCAGUCCUAACCAAGAUGACAAGUCUGGGAGCCUUUAUCUUGAGUUGUUCUACCAGAUACAACUUAGAGAAGUUGGCAUGUGGGGCUUCUUUCCACAUCAUAUUUAACUGGUUGAAUGUUGAAUAAUGUGGAAUUUUGGACGUCUUGGUACCAUUUCUCAGGAACAUUCGUUCAGCAUUAAAUAAGAGCAAGGAAGCAACAAAACAAUUCAUGCCUUCGUUUUUAUUGUUUAUGUUUGUUUUUUGAACUUUAGAUUUUUGCUUUUCGGCCCAGAAAGGAAUGAUGGCCUCAUGAACACCUGUGGACCCAAGUGUGAAUAUUACCUAACCAUCAGUGAAAUCAGCACUGUGACCCAGGUGCUUGUUAGGUUGUAACACUGCCACACAGGGUAUGAAUAUUAGCACUGAGCCCAGCUCCAUCAGUUGUAUGUGACAGUAGAUGCUAUCCUGAGAUUGUACUGGACAGAGAAGACUGUGGACAUCCCAUUCCUUGGACACAGUUUCAGCCAUGGAACUAGAAGGGGAAAGGAGGACACCUAAGGCCUACCCACAUCACUGUGGGAGGAUUCUUAAAGGCAAAUUUUUAAGCCAAAUACAUUCCAUAUUAUACUUUCCCUUAACCAUAAUGCAACACAUGUGAACUUAAGAUUAUCUUUCUUUUGACACCAUUUCUGCCCUCUUAUACUUAAGACAAUAUGAGCCCUCAAGAAGCACACUAUUGCAUAAAAAACACAUAAGAAUAUCUUCUAUGCUGAACACUCAGUAUGGUUCCUUUUAAGGGUCACAUCUUCCUAGAACAACAAUAUCUAUUGAGGAUUUGUGUGUGGUUUGGUUUGUGACUCAGGGAAGAAGAGUAUUAUGGGACACGGGAUUUGUUACAGGAUUUAGACUAAGCACAAUUUUGUUAAAAGCUGGAGAAACAAAAUACAGAAGGAGGUGUGUAAAUGGCAGAAGUCACCAAUCAGUCCCUUUUAGAAGCAAAACACAUUCAGCCACUGAAGUGAGGUCAGGUAGGGUAGCAUGUGGAGAGGUCUUUCGGGAGCUGCAGCCGCCUAUCCCAACCACCUUAGUGGAUGGUGGUCCUGGAGCUGCUCUAGGUCAACAGUCAGCUCUUGGGAAGGAAAGCUGGAGGUGGAGCAGAGAAGGAGGAUAAGCUGGAAGCUGCCAGGCAUCUCUGUCCAUCUGUCACUGCAUUUGACCAUGAUGACCUUUGGAGAAAAUGGAUCUUACUUUGCUUUUGCCCUCCAAAUUUUACACGGGUGCAUCUUUGCACCAGUUCUAACUUAGAGCCACCAGGGAAGCUGGCACAGUACAGACUGUUAUUCAUUUUGGAACCUGCCGAAUUUGGAUGAUAGCAUGCACAUACGUUAUGUUGCAGGGGCCUUUCUGCUAAGUAUAUUGUGAUUAGUAUCCAUGGAGUUAAGAUCCAUAGAUUGAUUUUUACCUUGAGGGUCACCGAUGACACAAAAUCAAAGAUUGAGACUGCCACUGACCUCUGCUGGCAUCCAGAACUUCCUCCCCCUUUCACCCUCCCCUCUGUCGACUGUUAUCAAAUUUUCUACAAAUUAGAGCCCAGGAACUUGCUGUGUGAUAAAAGGUUGCACAAGCCACACUGUCUUAAAUCUAAAGUCUAAGGAUUUGGCAUGAUUCAAAAACAUGUUGGAUUGGGAAAGCUGGAGGGAGUUUUUCUACUUCAUACUAGAAAAACCACCUCAUUUUACAGACGAAAAAGCUAAGUGAGAUGAGACCUUCAAAAUCUCCUCAUGACUGACUAAAACGUCAGCGUAAGUCCCUGUCUCCUCACCGCCUGGCAAUAGACACCACUCAGCUUUAAUUGCAGUGAGUUUUGAGAGCCAUUUCUGAUGACCUCAAGAUGCGAAGCAAGGAGAGGUCUGAUUUAGUUUCACUAGGAUCCCAACUCAGGUUCUCUCCUGAAAUGUGCGGUCUCUGGUGGCCUUAAUCUAUUACGAGUUAAAACUGGGGAGUUCUCUAGAGCUUGAUGCCUAUGUGUGGAAUCAAAGGCAGAGAAAUGCUAUUGCAUCAGGAUCCGAACUGAUUGGCUACCAUGUUUGUUCUUGAUAGCCAUUUCUUUUUUACCUUCAGAUUUUUGAAAACCCUUGCAUUGUGAUGUUUUUAGGGAAAAAAAUGUAUAUCAGUGCAGGUUUUUUCUUUGUUUUGUAGAAGGGGAGCCUUCCAUUAUCUAAAAUUUCUUACUGUUAUCUCCGGAAAUAAUCAAAAUGUCUAGGGAAAUGCAAAAAUAUGUUAUGGAGCAGUCACAACUGUCAUGAUUCUAACAAUGUGAAAUUGAUAACAAAAUAAAAUGUUGCUGAUAUC